AUGCUUUCCACCCUCACCCAGUUCCUUGGGCCCAAAGCCCACGAAGUGCAGGUCAAACCGAAUGAUCAAGAACCACAGACACCAAAGCCACUACCAGCGUCAUGGUACUGCUUACCAGAAAUGUACCAGCUAGAACGACGGUCCAUAUUCUCGAAAAAGUGGUUACUCAUCACCCACAAACUCAGAUUCACAAACCCGGGAGACUUCUUCCGUUUCGAGCAGGCCGGAUAUCCAUUUGUGCUCUGUCUUGACAAGGACGACAAUAUCAAUGGCUUUCACAAUAUCUGUCGACACCGGGCCUUCCCAGUGGUGACGGAAGACGAGGGCAAUGCUCGCAUAUUUUCUUGUAAAUAUCAUGGCUGGUCGUAUGGUCUCAAUGGGAAGUUGGCUAAAGCACCCCGGUUUGACACCGUGCCUGGGUUCCAGAAGGAAAGCCAAAGUCUGUUCCCUGUCCAUGUCCAUAUUGAUGCCCUAGGAUUCGUCUGGGUAAACCUUGACAGUUCGGCCACCCCUUCGGUGGCAUGGGAAGAUGACUUCGAAGGUGUCGAUACCCAGGAACGCUUCAAGUCCUUCGAUUUCUCUCAGUACAAAUUUGAUCACGUCUGGGGCAUGAAAGGAGAUUUUAACUGGAAGACUCUCGCCGACAACUAUAAUGAAUGCUAUCAUUGCACCGUGGCCCAUCCGGAUGUGGUCCGGCUGGCUGACUUGUCGUACUACUAUACCGUCACCAAAGCCGGUCACAUCCAGCAUUUCUCACGACCUCGAAAGGGAAAGGAAGAGGAGGACAUCAAGAAUGCAAGCACUUACUAUUUCCCGAAUGCCUGUAUGACUGUUUCGCCGCACUUUUUCUACAUGAUGCGAUGCGUACCGACGUCGUCAACCACCGUCUCUUUAGAAUAUGAGGUCUAUCGUCAUGUCGAUUCCUCAGAUCACGACUUCGAAUACAUCGACUCGUUCUUCAAGCGCGUGUUGGGGGAAGACAAACAAUUAUGCAAUGCCACACAGACAAAUUUGAAUGCUGGGGUCUUUGUGAGUGGAGAAUUCCAUCCUGAAUUGGAGAGUGCACCGUUGUUCUUCCAGAGCCUGGUGAGGCAAUUGGUCACGAAGCACCGAGAAGAUGAGCAAGUCGACGGCCGAGAGAUAUGGCCUUCCCGACGCCAACCAUUGGGUUCCGCAGGUGUCGAGAAAGACGUUGCCUUUUGCUCCGGUUUGGCCUGUGAAACCCCAGCGCUGAUUGCUUGCGAAUGGUGA